AUGUCUCUUAUAUCCGCCUUCCGACCUCCAUCUACGCGUUCGUCUUCAGUCCGCCAGAGCUCCAAACCUCGGCGGAGAAGAAAGACACAGAAGCGUCGAAAGAAUGAUGAUCACUCAGAUGAGAAUGAUGACGAUCCAGAUGCUCACACUAUCAUUACGCCGUCCAAGCACACUCCAAGGCCCUUCCGAAAGUUACGAGGCUCAAUCGCCAGCGGAGGGCCUCUGAAACCGUUUCGCCUAGUGAAGCAAGAUCUUGUCAACUUGCGCAGACGAUAUGUCUCAGACUGGACAGUUUUCAAUCAACUGAUCUUUGCCAGUGCUGUCUACGUGUUCUUCACCAACCUCUUGCCAGGAAUUACCUUUGCCAGCGACUUGUAUGUGCUUACCGGCAAGAGUUGGGGCACAAUCGAGGUCGUGUUCAGUACUGGCCUAUGCGGUAUCAUCUUCUCCUUGUUUUCUAUUCAGCCGCUCACGAUCCUUGGAGUAACCGGCCCAUUCUCUGUCUUGGCAGAAAACAUCUACUCGUUGUGUGUCGAUACGUUUCAGAUACCCUUCUUGUCGUUCAUGGCAUGGUGCUUGAUCCAUUCUGCAUGGAUGCAUUAUAUCUUGGCAUUCAUUAAUGCCCACGAUUGGACCAUGCGAUAUGUGACAACUUUCGCCACAGAGAUCUUCUCAUUAUUGAACAGCAUCAUUUACUUUCACAAGGCUAUUCAGGAGCUAGAACGAGCUCAUGAUAGCUUGUCCUUUGCUGCGUUCCUGUACGCGGUGAUUGGGGCUGUAGGCACAAUGCUCCUGGCCAUAUUCCUCUCCACGGCAGAAAGUUGGCGCCCUCUGUUUCAUCGAUACUUCCGUCUUCUGCUGACCGAAUAUGCUGCUGCCAUCUCUAUCAUUGUCUUCAUCGGCCUGCCUCAUGUUGGAGAACUCGCCAAUUUGGACAAGAUGACCCUGGCAGUGAGCACGUCAUUCCGACCGACGUCUCCCGAUCGAGAUAUCUUUUUCGUGGAAUUCUGGAAGCUACCCAUCUCUUGGAUCUUUGCGGCGAUGAUCCCUGGUCUAAUCAUUACCAUCUUGUUCUUCUUUGAUCAUGAAGUGAGCUCCAUCAUAUGCACCAUUGACCGUUAUGGUACACGAAAGCCUGGAGGGUUUGCCUGGGAUAUCGUGCUACUGGGAACUACCACCGCUCUCUGCGGCAUUCUUGGAAUUCCACCAGCAAAUGGUCUUUUGCCGCAGGCCCCUUUACAUUCGGAGUCUCUUAUGCACACGGUCAAAGAAGAGAAGACGAUCAUCGUGGACGGCAAGGAAAAGGUCGAAACCCGUGAAGGGCGCCAGGUAUACGAGCAACGAUGGUCGUCAUUCCUUCACUCAGGCACCAUCCUCCUGUUCAUCAGCCCGCCGUUCAUGAAGGUCCUCGGUCUCACCCCGACAAGUGUUCUGGCUGGUCUGUUCCUCUUCAUGGGAGAGCAAAGUCUUUCCGUCAACCCAAUUCUCUAUCGAACAUUCUACCUCCUCACGCCCCCAUCUGAACUUCCACCAUUACCCCAGUCCCUUCACAAAGACCCGGAGAAUCACAACGUAAUGGAAAGCCCGACCAAGAAUCCAUCUUACUUUGCGAUCCAUCUCUACACCAUAUCGCAGAUUGUCAUUACGAUCGUGAUCUUCAUCGUCACUCUCACUCGAGCUGCCCCUGCAUUUCCAGUACUCAUCAUUGCCCUCGUUCCGUUCCGACUUCUAGUCAUGAAGAAAUGGUGGCCGCGUGAGGUCCUCCGAUUCGUUGAUGCAUGGGCUUGUCGUGAGGGAACCCCCGAAGAUGAUGAGGAUGCUGAAAGGCUGUCUGGCCUCCCAUCCGAAGAGUCAUCAGCCAGCGGAGUGCUCCGACGAGAAACGCCGGCGGCAGAAGGUCGCUCUUUUUCUAGUAAGAUCGGAGCUGUAGACGCAGAUACUCAAGCGGAUAUUGGUUUGCAGCGCCCUCGGGGUACCGCGCAGCAUGGUGCAGGCCAGGAGUGGAUCGAGCUGGAAGAGCGGGAGCUGACCGAUGAGGAGAAUGGUCGCGAUCGGAGAUGA